GUACAACUACUGCUAAAUUUAGGCGUUUAGAAAAAUCAGUGUCCUAUAAAUACCCCAGGGCGCUUCGUUCUUCUCAAUCCGUUCGUUGUUUGCAUCUACGCGAAACAAUCAAUAUCUCCUGCGCAGCAAUGGCUCACAAGGGAGAGUCUUCAGAACCGAAAGGAACGAAAAGGGAUUUUAGCACAGCAAUUUUAGAGCGAAAGAAGGCGGCAAAUCGGCUGGUUGUGGACGAAGCCAUUAACGAUGAUAACUCGGUUGUUUGCCUGCACCCAGAAACCAUGGAAAAACUACAAUUGUUCCGUGGAGACACAAUCCUUAUAAAGGGAAAGAAGAGGAAGGAUACGAUCUGUAUUGCCCUAGCAGACGAGACUUGCGAAGAGCCUAAGAUUAGAAUGAACAAGGUCGUGCGGUCGAAUCUGAGGGUGCGUUUGGGAGACGUGGUUUCUGUCCACCAAUGUCCCGAUGUCAAGUACGGCAAGCGCGUCCAUAUUCUUCCUAUUGAUGACACCAUCGAGGGCGUUACUGGGAAUUUGUUUGAUGCCUAUUUAAAGCCCUAUUUCUUGGAAGCUUAUCGUCCAGUGAGAAAAGGGGAUCUUUUCCUUGUAAGAGGUGGGAUGCGUAGUGUAGAAUUUAAGGUAAUUGAGACAGACCCUGGGGAAUAUUGUGUUGUUUCGCCAGAUACUGAAAUUUUCUGUGAGGGGGAGCCCGUAAAGCGGGAGGAUGAAGAUAGAUUAGAUGAAAUAGGUUAUGAUGAUGUUGGUGGUGUACGGAAACAAAUGGCCCAGAUCCGUGAAUUGGUAGAACUUCCUCUCAGACACCCACAACUCUUUAAAUCAAUUGGUGUGAAGCCCCCAAAGGGUAUUCUGCUUUAUGGGCCACCAGGUUCUGGGAAAACUUUAAUUGCAAGGGCAGUUGCAAAUGAAACCGGUGCCUUCUUUUUCUGUAUCAACGGACCUGAAAUUAUGUCAAAGCUGGCUGGAGAAAGCGAAAGCAACCUCCGGAAGGCUUUUGAGGAGGCUGAGAAGAAUGCCCCUUCCAUUAUAUUUAUUGAUGAAAUUGAUUCCAUAGCUCCCAAGAGGGAAAAAACCCACGGUGAAGUUGAGAGGAGAAUUGUUUCUCAACUUCUUACACUUAUGGAUGGACUUAAAUCUCGUGCCCAUGUUAUUGUUAUUGGAGCAACUAACCGGCCAAAUAGUAUUGACCCAGCACUCAGAAGGUUUGGAAGGUUUGACAGGGAAAUUGAUAUUGGGGUUCCGGAUGAAGUAGGCAGAUUGGAAGUGCUUCGUAUCCAUACGAAGAAUAUGAAGCUCUCUGAUGAUGUUGAUCUUGAAAGGAUUGCUAAGGAUACCCAUGGAUAUGUCGGAGCAGAUCUUGCAGCUUUGUGCACUGAGGCUGCACUUCAGUGCAUUAGGGAAAAGAUGGAUGUCAUUGACUUAGAAGAUGAGACAAUAGAUGCUGAAAUUCUAAAUUCCAUGGCCGUUACUAAUGAGCACUUCCAGACUGCAUUGGGCUCUAGUAACCCCUCUGCUCUGCGUGAAACCGUGGUCGAAGUUCCAAAUGUCACUUGGGAAGAUAUUGGAGGGUUGGAAAAUGUCAAGAGGGAGCUUCAAGAGACAGUUCAAUAUCCAGUGGAGCAUCCUGAGAAAUUCGAAAAAUUUGGUAUGUCUCCUUCAAAAGGAGUGCUAUUCUAUGGGCCACCGGGUUGUGGAAAGACAUUACUUGCAAAAGCCAUUGCUAAUGAAUGCCAGGCCAAUUUCAUCAGUGUGAAAGGACCUGAAUUGUUAACAAUGUGGUUUGGAGAGAGUGAGGCCAAUGUGAGGGAAAUUUUUGAUAAAGCCAGAGGGUCAGCUCCUUGCGUCCUAUUUUUUGAUGAGCUUGAUUCUAUUGCUACACAGCGUGGAAGUAGUGUUGGGGAUGCUGGUGGUGCUGCAGACAGAGUCCUUAACCAGUUGUUGACGGAAAUGGAUGGUAUGACGGCCAAGAAAACAGUUUUCAUUAUUGGUGCUACAAAUAGGCCUGAUAUCAUCGAUCCUGCAUUGUUAAGGCCUGGCCGACUUGACCAGUUGAUUUAUAUUCCCUUGCCUGACGAGUCCUCGCGGUAUCAAAUUUUCAAAUCUUGCUUGAGAAAGUCACCCGUCUCAAAGGAUGUUGACCUAAUGGCACUGGCCCGUUACACCCAAGGAUUCAGUGGAGCUGAUAUUACGGAGAUUUGUCAGCGGGCUUGCAAGUAUGCCAUUAGAGAAAAUAUUGAAAAGGAUAUUGAACGAGAACGAAAAAGAAGUGAGAAUCCCGAGGCAAUGGAUGAGGAUGAUAGUGACGAGGUAUCUGAAAUAAAAGCUGCUCAUUUUGAGGAGUCUAUGAAAUACGCCCGAAGAAGUGUCAGUGAUGCUGAUAUUCGGAAGUAUCAAGCCUUUGCACAAACACUUCAGCAAUCUCGAGGCUUUGGUUCUGAAUUCCGAUUUCCAGAUAGACCUGCUGGCACUGCUGCUGGAGCUUCGGAUGUAUUUGCUACUGGAGAUAGUAAAGAUGACGAUGACUUGUACAGUUAGGAAACUUCGUACACAAUUGUCAUCUUAAUGAAGUGACAAAUGUGUCUGUACUAGCAGGGACCUUCCGCUGACAAAUAGCCAAUGCUAUUAAUUUUGGCUCGGCUUUGCUUGUAUGAGUUUUAAUCUUCAUAUGUUUGAAACUUUAUUUAAUUUAUCAGCCCUUUAGUAGAGAGGACUGAAUACUCUUUAGUAACUUGUAAGUUUUUAGUAAAAUUAACUUUAUGAAACUGUCUUUUUUUUAAAA